AUGUCCUCUGCGCUCUCCGGCGUUAGACCGCUGACCCGUCUGGCUCGAUCCUUCUCCUCUGGUCUUGCAGCACGAGCGGACGUGCAAGAUUCAGCCACAGCUCGGGCAGACUUGACCAAGCGCCGAUUCUGGAACAAGGUGACGCUGUCCAAAGCCAAAGGUCAAGCUGCAGGAUUGACGAUCGAGUUGGACGGCAGACCUUUGAAAACUCCAUCGGGCGCUCUGCUCGUCGUUCCGCAAGAUAGACCUCUGCUGGCGAGCCUCAUCGCUCGCGAGUGGGCCGAGCAGGAACGGAUAUUGAAGAGUUUCACCUUGCCUUUAACUAGCUUGGCUGCCAGAGCUAUUGACGGCUUUGCCACGCCCGAGGAUAGGGAAAAGGUGUGCGAUGAUCUCAUCAAGUAUCUUGAAACGGAUACGGUAUGUUAUCAAGAGGAAGAGCCGCCGGUGCUGGUUAAGCUACAGCAGGAGCACUGGGAUCCACUCAUCUCGUGGGUGCGCAGCACUUUUCAAGUCGAAGUCAAUCCGAUCACAUCUCUGCUAGGUUCCUCCCAAUCUCCCGACACCACCUCCAAGUUGAGAUCUCACAUUUCAAAGUACGACUCUUUGGAAUUGGCAGCAUUCGAAAGAGCAGUCAUGUCCACCAAGAGCUUCAUCAUUGCUCUCAAACUCUUGGAAAAUUCUAGAAACGCUACGGCAAUUGAAGAAGCGGAAGAGUGGGGCGUGGAAGAAGCUGCACAGGCUGCUGAGGUGGAGGUCAAGAGUCAGACCGAAAAGUGGGGAGAAGUAGAGGACACGCACGAUGUGGACCAUGAAGAUUUGCGGGCUCGGUUGGGAAGCGUCGUAUUGGGCUUGAUCAAGGAUGACGCUUCUCUGUCAGAGCGGAUCAUUGACGCGCAGAACGCCUCUUGAUGGCCAGCGCGGUCAACAAACAGCGAUGUCAUUCGUUAUCCGCCGGACCUAUCAGGUACACUUCAUGUCGAAUGCUGCUUCACAAGUCGACCACGCAUAUGCCUAAUCUCAGCGC